AUGGCUUGCCCGACUACUAUAACUGAUAGUUGGUUCGGGUUGUGCUUAUGGCAGUCCUUACCUUUUGUAUCAUCUUCAUGCAGGCUCUUCUUAAUGUUGCAGCGCUUUCCUGUAGAAUCAAAAGGGAGGCGUAAUAAGCUACAGGAGGUUGGCUACGUAACUACCAUAUGCUUUACAUGUUUUCUCAUUAGAGGAGUUAUGAUGUGCUUUAAUGCAUUUGAUAAAGCUGCAGACCUCGAUGUUUUGAAUCAUCCUGUUCUGAGCUUCAUAUAUUACCUGGUGGUGGAGAUACUACCUUCAGCUCUCGUCCUUUUCAUUUUAAGAAAGUUGCCGCCUAAGCGUGGGAUCACACAAUACCACCCCAUUCGCUGACAGGACUAGAGGUGAUAUGAUGGAGAGAAACAUCAGAAAAGGAAGUGAUGGGUAAGUUGGUUUUUGUGAUACUGAUUUCCCCUGAAAGAGAAUGCAAAACAUGAAAGGAAAAGGAGAACUGACCACUUUGUAUGGGGCGAUGAUCUAAUCUUAGGGUUCUGAAAUAUCAAUCUUUUCUCCCCUGGGGAUUGUAUAUCUGUCAAAUAGAAACAAUUGUCAAGCAUUGUGAAAAAUGAUGUGAUAUUUCAGUGUAAUUAUCUCCUUUUUACGUUUAAUAAAUGGAUAGACUUGAUUCUCCUA